UAUUCAUGAGCCUCGCCUUUCACUUGGACUGAACUUCAGUUUCGGCGUCACUCCUCAAAUCUCCUUCAAGCAGACACACACACACACAUCUGGAGUUUCCUCAGGAGCUGCUGUUAUUCUCCUCUUCACACACAGAGUCGAUCCCGAGGACUGUCGGAGAGUAUGGCGCUCUGCUGCGGGCUCGUGUCCGAGAAGAAUGUUCCCGUUCCUCUGAAGAGCAUCUGCGUACAGCUGCAGGUCCGCGGUCACGUGUCCUCCGUGCGCGCGACACUGCAAUACGUCAAUGAGGAGGAGCGGCCGCUGGAGGCGCUGUUCGUGUUUCCGCUUCCGGCUGAAGCCGCGCUCUGCAGCUUCAGCGCGUCCGUGGGAGGGCAGGACAUCCGGGGGGAGCUGCGGGACAAGCAGACCGCUCGUGAUGAGUAUGACGAUGGUGUGAGCGCGGGCCGGCAGGUGUUUCUGCUGGAGGAGAGUGAUCAGAGCGCAGACGUGUUCCGCCUCAGUGUGGGCUGUUUACCUGCGGGCGGAGCGGCCACCGUCAGCUUCACCUACAGCACUGAGCUCACUGUGGAGGAGGAUGGAGGACUGCGCUACUGCCUGCCGGCGGUGCUGAAUCCACGAUACACACCUGCAGCAGCUACAGGUGUUCCUCAGGUGUGUUCUGCGUCUGUGAUCCCCUACUCUCUCUCUCUCACUGCGGACGUCAGAUCUUCAGUCCCCAUCGCCAGACUGGACUGUAACUGCGCACUGGAGCCACUGCAGUUCCUGGACCCGCAACACACACACGCACAGGUGAGUCUGAGCGCAGGGCACCGCUUUGAUAAGGAUGUGGAGCUGCUGCUCUACUAUGUGGAUCCACAUCAGCCGUCUGCAGUGCUGGAGGGGGGAGCGGCCACGGCUCCUGCAGGCUCUCUGAUGGCCGACCCGCUGCUGAUGCUCAGUCUCUACCCAGAGUUCCCAGCUGCGGUGAUGUCAUCGCUGACCUCUCACGGAGAGUUCAUCUUCCUGGUGGACCAAUCAGGCAGCAUGGACUGCCCAAUGCAUCAUGGGGAGGGGGCUCAGAUGCGGAUCGAGAGCGCCAGGGACACACUCCUGCUGCUCCUCAAGAGUCUCCCCCUCGGCUGCUACUUCAACAUCUACGGCUUCGGCUCCAGCUUCCAGGCCUUCUUUCCGCAGAGUGUGCUGUACAGUGAGCAGACGCUGCAGGAGGCGCUGCAGAGAGUGAAGCUCAUGCGUGCAAAUCUGGGCGGCACUGAGAUCCUGCAGCCGCUGCAGCACAUCUACAGUCAGGCCUGUGUCCCGGAGCACCCGCGGCAGCUCUUCAUCUUCACUGAUGGAGAGGUCUGGAACACGCGAGAGCUGCUGGAUCUGGUCAGAGCAAACUCUUCCUCCCACCGGUGUUUCUCCUUCGGGAUCGGUGAGGGUGCGAGUACCGCCCUCAUUGCUGGAAUGGCUAAGGAGGGUUCUGGGCACGCUCAGUUCAUCACUGGCAGUGACCGCAUGCAGCCCAAAGUCAUGCAGUCGCUGCGCUUCGCUCUGCAGCCGGCGGUGGAGGAGCUGUGUGUGGACUGGAGGCUGCCCGAGGGUGUAGCGGUGGAGCUGCUGUCUCCGCCCGUCCGCUCGCUGUACCAGGGUCAGAGGGCGCUGCUGUACGCCCGGCUGAGGGGGCAGAGCUCUGCGGAGAGCGACGGAGCCGUGAUGAUCAAAUACAAGCUGAAGGACACACCGGUGACCAACCAGCUGCAGUUUACACUCACACCAGCGGGAGACACUGGGUUGACUGUGCACUGGCUGGCGGCCCGUACGCUGAUCCGCGGUCUGGAGCAGGAGGAGCGGGUGGGCGGGGCCGAAGCAGAGGCCCUCCGGAGCCGCAUCGUGGAGCUGAGUGUGGAGUGUGGAGUUAGCAGCACACACACCGCCUUCAUCUGCACACACACACACAGCGGAGAGACGGUGAAGGGGCCGCUGCUGCAGAGGAACAUACCGGUGCCCCAGAUGAUGGCAUGUCACGGCGCCCCCAGGAGGAUGAUGUGUGCUGCUCCGAUGGCUCGCUGUUCUUCACGGGCUCUUCCCAAGAUGGUCUGCGACUCUGCAAUGUCACCGAGCCGUAAACUCAAGUCUGCACGGGUCUCUCAUCAUUCUGUCCCUGUCGGCCUGGUGGAGUGUGAUUCUGCAUCCACUCACGAACCUGAUCUCCGGCAGGACCCGCUACUCCAGCUGGUGUCCCUGCAGAAGGCCUCGGGCAGCUGGGAGAUGAGCAGCGCUCUGUCUGCGGUUCUGGAGAAACCAGAGGAGGAGCUCCGGAAACACACUCCACCACAGGCUGACGGGCUGCUCUGGGCCACUGUUCUCUCCCUGCUCUGGUUGUUCUCCUGUAAGCUGCAGGAUCGAGUCGAGUGGCAGUUUGUGGCCCUGAAGGCGGCGGCCUGGGUGCGCGCGCAGAACCAGGCCGGUGUGGCUGAGUGUGUGCGCAAUGGGAAUCUCCUCCUGGAUUGUCAGCUGACUGCAGAAACUCUGGGAAUCUGAACUGCGCUUCAGGACAGCGUGUGUGCGUGUGUGUGUGUGUGUGUGUGUGUAUUGAUCACAGAUGUAUUCAGCUGUAAGUUUUGGAGUUAAAUCACUGUCAUAAAUAUUUAGUGUGUAAAUAAAAUUCCCGCAUCCGUAAUUAUAAAACGGUAAAGGAAAACGGAGCGUACUCGUAAUGUUACGAGGGGGCAAUUCCAAAACCUGCGAUUAGAACAGACACAGAUACGACAUUUUCUUUGUGUGUUUGUAUAUAACUGAUGAAUUUACGAUGGCUGUACUUCACACACACCAAAUACAGUUUCACCACGGACUCAAUAUAAGUCAGAUGUUUGAGUGUGUUCUUGUGUUCAUCAUUCCGCUGUGUCCUGAUCUUCAGUGAUGGUGGUCCAGUAUCUCUGUGUCUUCAUCAGUAAUCUGCUUCUCACUCGUCGUGUUCAGAGCUGGAUCUAACACUCUGAUUAAAGCUCCACUAGCCCGUCUCUGUGAAGUCAGCAUCAGUGUUGCAGGAUGAUCAUUAAAUAUCUCUGCUGUC